CAUAGACAUAGUCCAGCGAAUAAAAAGACAGCGGCUACGCUGGCUGGGUCAUGUUGUUCGAAUGGACGAAAGUGCCUCAGCUCUGGAAGUUUUCGAUGCAGUACCCGCUGGUGGAAGCCGAGGAUGAGGGAGACCUCCACUCCGAUGGAAGCACCAGGUGGAGAAGGACCUGUCUUCACUUGGUAUUACCAAUUGGCGCCAAACUGCCAAGAGGAGAGAUGAGUGGCGCGCUGUUGUGGACUCGGCUAUAACCGCAUAAGCGGUUUCUACGCCAGUCAAGAAGAAGAAGGUGUGGUUGUGAACCGAUUUCACUAGUUUUUCAACCGUAACAUCAGGGUGUCGUUGAAAUUAGUUGAGUAGUUCGGCACCUAAUGGAUAUGCCACCAAAAAGUUUAGUUGGUAUUGCUUUAGUAGUUUACGGGAUACAAUAAGUACGGGAUAAGUACAGAGCAGAAUAAAUGCAAAAUUUCUUUGAGAAAAUAAAACGCUAUUAGGAGGGUCAUGGCCAUUUUCCAAAAAAAUGUCAUUCAAAUAUGUACAUCUCUGAUAUAAUCCUCUGUACGAAAUCUUAUUUUACGGAUAUCCAGAUUUCAACAACGGGGCAGGGAGAGUAAAGAUUAGCACAAGAUUUGCUCAAAUUUUGCAUUGACGUUAUUCUAUUAGAUUAAUUACUAUUUUGAAGAAAACCCUUUUUUGUUGGCGCUAUUUGUUUAUUCAAGUAUCAACAUUACUUCAGUCCUGAAUUUAAAAUACAUUUACUAUCAUUUAAAAAAAAAUAAACUACUGUACUCUACUAACGUCCGCAAAUUUUACGAGCCACAAAAAGUCCUUGGCAUUCAAUUGACGUCAUUGUCAAGGCUCGGGAAAUUCAUUCAUAAACCAAGACAUUUAUUUUUUAAGAACAUACCGUUAAAUAAUAGCUGAGUUCAUGUACACACACUCAUCCGCAUCGCUAUAAGCACUGUGAGUCCUUUGAAGCUAUUGACGCACUGCUUUCAAGUGUGUUAACGUGGUGCACUGGUGCACAUGUGCGAUAAGCGAAUUUAAUCAAUCAGCGCGGAAAUGAAGUUCAUUGAGAAGGAAGAAAUUAGAACACAUCUUCGACUAUGAGCGCAAUGCUGCGCGUCUUUCUGUAGCAAAAUCUCUAUAAAAGCACUGCAAAUAUUUUCAGGAGGUCAGUCAAGUCAAAGCCAACAGCUCGACAAGGACAACCACAAUUAACGGGAGAGUUCUAGUAUUAUUACUAUUUUAUAAUAAAAGUCUAAAAGUCCACAAAUAGACUACAACAAGCGAUAAGUAAAAUGGGUUUUAGGUUUUGGCAGUUGCAAGCAACUGUUCUUUACCUGAUUGUAGCAACCAGUUUCGCUCUUGUGGAAUUUCGCACUUGUCAACAUCUAGGUUUUGAAUGUAUUAAUGGUGAGGCGACCAAAUGUUUCAACAAUGAAGAAAUCUGGUUACGGGGAGACAUACAGCACUCUACGUCUGAAUAUUCUAAUCCUUAUAAUGCCCGUCUUGAUUACACCGAGGAGCGACGAGAAAUGACUAAACGUUUCAAAGAUCGCGAAGAACGUAGUGAAAAUGCAAUGCGCCUUGAUGACCGAGACGAGCGACUAGUGAUUACUAGACGCGAAAAAGAUGGCGAAGAACGACAGGAAAAUGAAAUUCGCAUUGAUAACCCGCAGGAACGACGAGAAUAUGCAAUGCGCCUUGAUUACCGGCAAGUGCGACGAGAAAUAAAUAGGCGCGCAGAUGAUCGCGAAGAACGACGAGAAGACACAAUGCUCCUUGAUGACCGGCAAGUGCGACGAGAAAUAACUAGGUGCGGAGAUGAUCGCGAAGAACGACGAGAAGACUCAAUGCGCCUUGAUGACCGGCAGGUGCGACGAGAAGUAAGUAGACGCGUAAAUGAACGCCAAGAACGACGAGAAGACACAAAGCGCCUUCAUGACCUUCACGAGCGACGAGAGAUAACUAGACGCGCAGAAGAUCGUGAAGAACGACGAGAAGACACAAUGCGCCUUGAUGACCGGCAGGAACGACGAGAAAAUGCAAUGCGCAUUGAUGACCGUCAGGUUCGACGAGAAGUAACUAGACGCGCAGAUGAUCGCGAAGAACGACGACAAGACACAAUGCGCCUUGAUGAUCGCGAAGAACGACGAGAAAAUGCAAUGCGCCUUGAUAAUCGUCAGGACCGACGUGAGAUAACUAGAGGCGCAGAUGAUCGUGAAGAACGACGAGAAGACACAAUGCGCCUUGAUGACCGUCAGGAGCGACGAGAUAUCACUAGACGCGCAGAUGAUCGUGAAGAACGACGAGAAGACACAAUGCGCCUUGAUGACCGGCAGGAACGACGAGAGAUAACUAGACGCGCAAAUGAUCGCGAAGAACGACGAGAAGACACAAUGCCCCUUGAUGACCGUCAGGAGCGACGAGAGAUCACUAGACGCGCAGAUGACCGGCAGGAACGACAAGAAGACACAAUGCGCAUUGAUGACCGUCAGGUUCGAGGAGAAGUAACUAGACGGGCAGACGAUCGUGAAGAACGACGAGAAGACACAAUGCGCCUUGAUGACCGGCAAGUGCGACGAGAAAUAACUAGGCGCGCAGAUGAUCGCGAAGAACGACGAGAAGAUACAAUGCGCUUUGAUGACCGGCAGGAACUACGAGAAAAUGCAAUACGUCUUGAUAAUCGCCAGGACCGACGUGAGAUAACUAGAGGCGCAGAUGAUCGUGAAGAACGACGAGAAGACACAAUGCGCCUUGAUGACCGUCAGGAGCGACGAGAUAUCACUAGACGCGCAGAUGAUCGUGAAGAACGACGAGAAGACACAAUGCGCCUUGAUGACCGUCAGGAGCGACGAGAGAUAACUAGACGCGCAAAUGAUCGCGAAGAACGACGAGAAGACACAAUGCCCCUUGAUGACCGUCAGGAGCGACGAGAGAUCACUAGACGCGCAGAUGACCGGCAGGAACGACAAGAAGACACAAUGCGCAUUGAUGACCGUCAGGUUCGACGAGAAGUAACUAGACGCGCAGAUGAUCGCGAAGAACGACGAGAAGACACAAUGCGCCUUGAUGACCGACAAGAGCGACGAGAUAUCACUAGACGCGCAGAUGAUCGUGAAGAACGACGAGAAGACACAAUGCGCCUUGAUGACCGGCAGGUACGACGAGAGAUCACUAGACGCGCAGAUGAUCGCGAAAAACGACGAGAAAAUGAAAUGCGCCUUGAUGACCGACAAGAGGUCCCCCGAUGCGCAGAUGAUCGGGAAGAACGACAAGAAGACACAAUGUGCCUUGAUGACCGUCAGGAGCGACGAGAUAUCACUAGACGCGCAGAUGAUCGCGAAGAACGACGAGAAAUUACAAUGCGCCUUGAUGACCGUCAGGACCGACGAAAGAUAACUAGACGCGCAAAUGAUCGCGAAGAACGACGAGAAGACACAAUGCCCCUUGAUGACCGUCAGGAGCGACGAGAGAUCACUAGACGCGCAGAUGACCGGCAGGAACGACAAGAAGACACAAUGCGCAUUGAUGACCGUCAGGUUCGACGAGAAGUAACUAGACGCGCAGAUGAUCGCGAAGAACGACGAGAAAAUGCAAUGCGUCUUGAUGACCGUCAGGAACGACGAGAAAAUGCAAUGCGCCUUGACGACCGGCAGGAACGACGAGAAAAUGCAAUGCGCCUUGAUGACCGUCAGGAACGACGAGAAGACACAAUGCGCCUUGAUGACCGGCAGGAACGACGAGAAGACACAAUGCGCCUUGAUGACCGUCAGGAGCGACGAGAGAUCACUAGACGCUCAGAUAAUCGCGAAGAACGACGAGAAAACGCAAUGCGUCUUGAUGACCGACAGAAACGACGAGAGAUCACUAGACGCGCAGAUGAUCGCGAAGAACGACGAGAAGAUACAAUGCGCCUUGAUGACCGUCAGGAACGACGAGAAAAUGCAAUGCGCCUUGAUAAUCGUCAGGACCGACGUGAGAUAACUAGAGGCGUAGAUGAUCGUGAAGAACGACGAGAAGACACAAUGCGCCUUGAUGACCGUCAGGAGCGACGAGAUAUCACUAGACGCGCAGAUGAUCGUGAAGAACGACGAGAAGACACAAUGCGCCUUGAUGACCGGCAGGAACGACGAGAAAAUGCAAUGCGCAUUGAUGACCGUCAGGUUCGAGGAGAAGUAACUAGACGGGCAGACGAUCGUGAAGAACGACGAGAAGACACAAUGCGCCUUGAUGACCGGCAAGUGCGACGAGAAAUAACUAGGCGCGCAGAUGAUCGCGAAGAACGACGAGAAGAUACAAUGCGCUUUGAUGACCGGCAGGAACGACGAGAAAAUGCAAUACGCCUUGAUAACCGUCAGGACCGACGAGAGAUAACUAGACGCGCAGAUGAUCGUGAAGAAGGACGAGAAGUCACAAUGCGCCUUGAUGACUGGCAGGAACGACGAGAAAAUGCAAUGCGCAUUGAUGACCGUCUGGUUCGACGAGAAGUAACUAGACGCGCAGAUGAUCGGGAAGAACGACGACAAGACACAAUGCGCCUUGAUGACCGGCAAGUGCGACGAGAAAUAACUAGGCGCGCAGAUGAUCGCGAAGAACGACGAGAAGAUACAAUGCGCUUUGAUGACCGGCAGGAACGACGAGGAAAUGCAAUGCGCAUUGAUGACCGUCAGGAGCGACGAGGGGUCACCAUACGCGCAGAUGAUCGUGAAGAACGACGAGAAGACACAAUGCGCCUUGAUGACCGUCAGGAGCGACGAGAUAUCACUAGACGCGCAGAUGAUCGCGAAGAACGACGAGAAAUUACAAUGCGCCUUUAUGACCGUCAGGACCGACGAGAGAUAACUAGAUGCGCAAAUGAUCGCGAAGAACGACGAGAAGACACAAUGCGCCUUGAUGACCGUCAGGAGCAACGAGAUAUCACUAGACGCGCAGAUGACCGCGAAGAACGACGAGAAAUUACAAUGCGCCUUGAUGACCGUCAGGACCGACGAGAGAUAACUAGACGCGCAAAUGAUCGCGAAGAACGACGAGAAGACACAAUGCCCCUUGAUGACCGUCAGGAGCGACGAGAGGUCACCAGACGCGCAGAUGAUCGUGUAGAACGACGAGAAGACACAAUGCGCCUUGAUGACCGUCAGGAGCGACGAGAUAUCACUAGACGCGCAGAUGAUCGCGAAAAACGACGAGAAAAUGAAAUGCGCCUUGAUGACCGACAAGAGGUCACCCGACGCGCAGAUGAUCGUGAAGAACGACGAGAAGACACAAUGCCCCUUGAUGACCGUCAGGAGCGACGAGAGGUCACCAGACGCGCAGAUGAUCGUGUAGAACGACGAGAAGACACAAUGCGCCUUGAUGACCGUCAGGAGCGACGAGAUAUCACUAGACGCGCAGAUGAUCGCGAAAAACUACGAGAAAAUGAAAUGCGCCUUGAUGACCGACAAGAGGUCACCCGACGCGCAGAUUAUCGGGAAGAACGACAAGAAGACACAAUGCGCCUUGAUGACCGGCAAGUGCGACGAGAAAUAACUAGACGCGCAGAUGAUCGCGAAGAACGACGAGAAGAUGCAAUGCGCUUUGAUGACCUGCAGGAACGUCGAGAAAAUUCAAUGCGCCUUGAUAACCGUCAGGACCGACGAGAGAUAACUAGACGCGCAGAUGAUCGUGAAGAACGACGAGAAAUUACAAUGCGCCUUGAUGACCGACAAGAGAGACGAGAUAUCACUAGACGCGCAGAUGAUCGCGAAGAACGACGAGAAAAUGAAAUGCGCCUUGAUGACCGACAAGAGGUCACCCGACGCGCAGAUUAUCGGGAAGAACGACAAGAAGACACAAUGCGCCUUGAUGACCGGCAGGAACGACGAGAAGACACAAUGCGCCUUGAUGACCGGCAGGUACGACGAGAGAUCACUAGACGCGCAGAUGAUCGCGAAAAACGACGAGAAAAUGAAAUGCGCCUUGAUGACCGACAAGAGGUCACCCGACGCGCAGAUUAUCGGGAAGAACGACAAGAAGACACAAUGCGCCUUGAUGACCGGCAAGUGCGACGAGAAAUAACUAGGCGCGCAGAUGAUCGCGAAGAACGACGAGAAGAUACAAUGCGCUUUGAUGACCGGCAGGAACGGCGAGAAAAUUCAAUGCGCCUUGAUAACCGUCAGGACCGACGAGAGAUAACUAGACGCGCAGAUGAUCGUGAAGAACGACAAGAAGACACAAUGCGCUUUGAUGACCGGCAGGAACGGCGAGAAAAUUCAAUGCGCCUUGAUAACCGUCAGGACCGACGAGAGAUAACUAGACGCGCAGAUGAUCGUGAAGAACGACGAGAAGACACAAUGCGCCUUGAUGACCGGCAGGAACGACGAGAAAGUGCAAUGCGCAUUGAUGACCGUCAGGAGCGACGAGAGAUCACUAGACGCGCAGAUGAUGGCGAAGAACGACGAGAAAUUACAAUGCGCCUUGAUGACCGACAAGAGAGACGAGAUAUCACUAGACGCGCAGAUGAUCGCGAAGAACGACGAGAAAAUUCAAUGCGUCUUAAUGACCGACAGAAGCGACGAGAGAUCACUAGACGCGCAGAUGAUCGCGAAGAACGACGAGAAAAUGCAAUGCGCCCUGAUGACCGACAGGAACGACGAGAGGUUUCUAGACGCGCAGAUGAUCGCGAACAACGACGAGAAAAUGCAAUGCGCCUUGAUGAGCGUCAGCAACGACGAGAAGACACAAAGCGCCUUCAUGACCGUCACGAGCGACGAGAGAUCACUAGACGCGCAGAUGAUCGCGAAAAACGACGAGAAAAUGAAAUGCGCCUUGAUGACCGACAAGAGGUCACCAGACGCGCAGAUGAUCGUGAAGAACGACGAGAAGACACAAUGCGCCUUGAUGACCGUCAGGAGCGACGAGAUAUCACUAGACGCGCAGAUGAUCGCGAAGAACGACGAGAAGAUACAAUGCGCCUUGAUGACCGGCAGGAACGCCGAGAAAAUGCAAUGAGCUUUGAUUACCGGCAGGACCGACGAGAGAUAACUAGACGCGCAAAUGACCGCGAAGAACGACGACAACACACAAUGCGCGUUGAUGACCGGCAGGAGCGACGAGAGAUAACUAGACGCGCAGAUGAUCGCGAAGAACGACGAGAAAAUGAAAUGCGGCUUGAUGACCGGCAGGUGAGCCGAGAAGUAACUAGACGAGCAAAUCAUCGCGAAGAACGACGACAGGACACAAUGCGCCUUGAUGACCGGCUAGAACGACGAGAAAAUGCAAUGCGCCUUAAUGACCGACAGGAGCGACGAGAGAUCACUAGACUCGCAGAUGAUCGCGAAGAACGACGGGAAAAUGCAAUGCGUCUUGAUGACAGACUUGAGCGACGAGAAAUUGAUAUGCGACUGGACAAUCAACUGGCGCGACGAGGGAUUACUAGCAGUAUUUCUGAUCGAGUGGUGGGCCAGUACAGUGGAGAUGGACGUCUACAAAUUACAGUACGUGAACGGUCCCUGGAAAAAUACUUUGAUGUGUUUGAAUAUUUACAAAAGGAAUCUGCUGCCACUGAAAUUAAAUCGAACCCGUUAACGAGGACAAAUGUAAAUUUAAAACGUGGAUACAUUUUGCUUGGUCAGGGAGCAAUCUUGGCUUUAGCUCUAAUGAAAGCGCUCAAGGACUAUGAGUAUAAAAUUAAGAGGGAUGCACCCACACAUAUUGGCGGUACAGCACAUCUCAUUGGCUUUUAAAAUAUGUAACUAUAAAGGCACAAGGAUACUGAUAAAUUGGCUUACGAAUUGUAAAUAAUAUAAAGUGUACCUAAAGCAAAUCUGCGAGAUUACUGUGUUAACAAAAACUAUGAAAAAAUAAUGAAUAUAGUUGAUAAUACUAAUAGAUAUUUAUUUUAGUUGUUUGAAACAUAUCCAUAUACGAAAAUAAAUAUUGUUAUUUAAUCUCUAUGCGAAUGUACAUAUUUACACACCUAUAAAAUAUAUAUUGUAAAACCCACAUGUAAAUUUAAAUAUUGUUCAAAUAAAGCAGCAAAUGAAAAUGAAGUCAUCAUGAAAUUUAAUAAUCAGUUUUACAGCAUUUGAGUGCUCCUGUAUCGAAUUCUAUAUAAAAUGGCAUCAUCACAUUUCUUGCCGUCUCUCUUCCACUGACAUUCGGUGGCAGCUGUCAAAGAGAAUUUUAAUUAUAUUAUAUGAUACAUUCGCUGUUCUCUGGUUUCAGUCAUUCGUGACAUUUGAUAGAUUUUUAAUGUGUGUGGAAAUAUUGUGUAUUAAUUUAAUUAAGCUUUAUUUUCAAUAUCUAAAUUUAUUUUCAUAAAAUAUUUUGAAACAUUCUAAAAUGUAUAGGCGUAAAAAUUGUUUUGUAUAAGUGUGAAUAGUGUU